CCCUCCCGUAUCCCAACUCCGGCAACGGAGCGAAAGAAAAGAGGAAUAUAAAGACAUUUAUAAACACGGUGAAACGCUACAACAGCUAGACACAAGAAAUGCAGACCUGAGGGCACACCCCCUGUGCGUGGAAAAUACGGUGUAUAUUGUGAGAUGGGGUUUGGCCGAGACUUGAGGAACUCCCAUGAGGUCCUAAUCAAGUUGCAGGACUGGGAACUGAAGCUGCUGGAAACAGUGAAGCGCUUCAUGACACUUCGUGUAAAGAGUGACAAGGAGUAUGCCUCACUCUUGUUCAACAUAAGCCAGCAGGUUGACAAGCAAGACAACUGCACGCAGAUUCACUACAUAAGUACUGUCUCCAAGGCAUGGAACCAUAUGGUACAACAGACAGAGCAACUGAGUAAGAUCAUGAGGUCGCAUGCUGAGGAGCUGAACUCUGGCCCACUGCAUCGCCUCACAAUGAUGAUUAAAGAUAAGCAGCAGGUAAAGAGGAGCUACCAGAGUAUCCACCAGCAAAUUGAGUCUGAGCUUAAUAAGGUUACGAAAACUGACCUUGAAAAGCUGAAGACGACUUACAGACAGUUAAGUAAGGAGGCUCAUUGUGCCAAAGAAAAAUACAAGGAGGCAGUUGUAAAAGGUAAAGAGCCAGAAAAGGCUCGUGAGCGCUAUGACAAAGCCAACAUGAAACUGCACAAUCUUCACAACCAGUAUGUGCUGGCAGUGCACAGUGCACAGCUACACCAGGAACACUAUCAUGAGAGCACACUACCUUUACUGCUUGAUUCACUACAACAGAUGCAGGAGGAGAUGGUCAGCUCCUUGAAGGGUAUUCUCGAAGAAUACAGUGAAAUCACAAGCCUCUUAACAGAUGAAAUAGUGAAGGUCCAUAAAGAAAUACACACUUCGAUUGACCAAAUCGAUCCUUCUGCAGAGUAUGAUAACUUCAUUGAAGUGUAUGGGUCACCUGAAACCAAAGAACAAAAUGUAGAAUUUGAUGUUUUGCUUUUGGAAGAAACAGAGAAUCUUCAAGCCAAUGAGAUUCUGUGGAAUAAACUGACAGAAGACAGUUUACAAGUGUUGUUAAAGUCGACAACAGAGGAGCUUUUGUUGACCCAAAAAAGUCUCAGAAGUAAAGAAGACCUCAUGCUAGACCUGCAAAGCAAAAUUGAGGAAUACACCAAAAGUUGCCAGAAGAAGUCUGACAUGGUGUUGUUGCUGGGUCAGAAGCAGUCUCUAGAAGAUUUAAAGCAGAUGGUACAAUUUCUGCGCUGCUCAGAGACCAAACUUGGCUUCCAGAAAGAGAUAUUGGAGAAGAAAAUGCAGGAGAAUGAAGGCAAAGAGCCUUUAUCUGUGAUCAACUAUGAAGAGGAUGCACGAUCUAUAAAUUCAGUGGAUAAAGGUAAAGACAGGAUAUCAAAGUUUGACACCCUACGCCAUUCUAUUGCUGGCAUCAUCCGCUCACCAAAGUCUGUGCUGGGCUCCUCUGCAUUUUUUGAUGUGAUUUCCACCAGUGAAAAGCCGCUAAGUGAACAGGAAUGGUAUCAUGGGGCAAUACCCCGCACAGAAGCCCAGGAGCUGCUUAAGCAGCAGGGAGACUUCUUGGUACGGGAGAGUCAUGGCAAACCCGGCGAGUAUGUGCUCUCUGUCUUCUCAGAUGGCCAGCGCAGACACUUCAUUAUUCAGUUUGCUGACAAUCAGUAUCGAUUUGAGGGCACAGGAUUUCCCACUAUUCCCCAGUUGAUUGAGCACCAUUAUGCUACAAAACAAGUUAUUACCAAGAAGUCUGGGGUUGUUCUCUUAAAUCCUGUCUUAAAGGACAAAAAAUGGAUUCUUAAUCAUGAGGAUGUCAUUCUUGGGGACCUGUUAGGAAAAGGCAACUUUGGUGAAGUCUUUAAAGGAAUGUUGAGAGAUAAGACUUCUGUGGCUGUGAAGACUUGUAAAGAAGAUCUUCCACAAGACCUUAAGAUCAAGUUUCUUUCAGAGGCUAGGAUCCUUAAGCAAUAUGAUCAUCCCAACAUUGUGAAGCUAAUAGGUAUCUGCACACAAAGACAGCCAAUUUAUAUAGUGAUGGAACUUGUCCCAGGGGGUGACUUUCUGUCCUUUUUGAGAAAGAAGAAGGAAGACCUCAAGACAAAGCAAUUGGUAAAAUUUGCUCUAGAUGCUGCUGCAGGAAUGGCCUACUUGGAGCUUAAAAACUGUAUCCAUAGGGACCUGGCUGCACGGAACUGCUUGGUGGGAGAAAACAACUUGUUAAAGAUCAGUGACUUUGGGAUGUCAAGACAGGAGGAUGACGGGAUUUACUCAUCAUCUGGCCUCAAGCAGAUUCCUAUAAAGUGGACUGCACCAGAAGCGCUUAAUUAUGGGAGAUACAGCUCAGAAAGUGAUGUGUGGAGCUAUGGGAUCCUGCUGUGGGAGACAUUCAGUUUGGGGGUGUGUCCUUAUCCAGGCAUGACCAACCAGCAAGCCCGUGAACAAGUUGAAAAAGGUUACAGAAUGACAUGCCCCCAAAAGUGCCCAGAAGAGGUCUACAGGGUCAUGCAGAGGUGCUGGGAUUACAAGCCUGAAAAUCGGCCAAAGUUUGCUGAAAUUCACAGGGAACUGUCUUUAAUCAAGAAAAAAUAGCUGCAAUUUUAUUAAUGGUUAAAAAAGCCACAAGCAUACAUUUCAUCUAAGUGGUUUGCCACUUACUAACAAAGAUUCUGUUCUUUUAUGUCAGUUUAUACCCCUUUAGAUUUAACUGUGUGGAUAUCUUAUAAUAUUACUAAAUUACCUUUGCAUCUGUGACCUAUGGAACAGUUAUUUUUAAGCCAUUACUCUUAAAAUAUUGGCUUUUCUGUUCAUGUAAAAAAAUGUCAGUAUUUCUACCAAAUACUAUCAGCUACAUCUUUCUUAAUAAAUAAAUGUGACCUGCCAUGUGGGUAAUAAUUAUGGCACUAGAGAACCGCAAAGAAAAUGUACAGUUCAGAUUGUUUCCAAGUGAUUAAGUUACUAUCAUUUCGGGACACCAAAUUGCUUUGUUUAAGCCACUUGGAUUUCAAUCAACUCACCCUUACUUGUAGUUUUGCUAAUACGUUAAUUAGUUGACUGAAUAAUAAUAGUGUUUAAACUCAACAAACCACUCUUAACUUAAAAAGACAACCAAGUGUAGUCAUUAUUUUGAGUUAUACUUGCUGCACAUACACACAUACUAAUGCAUACCUAAAAGCCCAGUCAGAAAUAAUGUGGUACAAAUGUAUGUGGAUAUCUUAUCAUACAUCCCACAUCCAAAAGUGUGUCUGGAACUUUGUUCUCAUUUAAUCAAAAUAGCAUUUUUAAGGUCUGAAAAGAUGGUGCACAACAAGCUAGACAUUCUAGUUUAUCUGGGAAUUUCAUUUCUUUUAUAUGAAACCACGUCUUGCACACAGGGGCAUUGUUAUGCAAAGGGUCUUUUCCAAACUGUUGACACAAAGAAACAGUCGCUAUUACACACAUGUAAUUGGGCGAUGCUAUAUGACUAAAUUGGGAGUAAAGUUGGGGGAAAAUGCAAAAAAUAAAUAUAUAAAUAAAUUUAAUAAUAUAAGGGUUGUCCACAUAUGUUUGACCAUAAAACUUUUGGUAUUUUCUUUGUUUUUACUCAAGGUUAAUUUUUUAAGGCUGAAGCAUACUAUUUGAAAUAUGCAAGUGCUGCCUGACACUUUAGCCAAUGUUGAAUGCAUUUGAGAGCUCAAUCUUUGGAAGCCAAAGAUUCAGGUUGAUUGUAUAAACCUAGUAGCUUGUUUGUAUUAUUUUUACUGCAGUACUGUUCUUUAGGUCCCCUGGUUUUAUUUGAAAGGCAUUUA